GACAUCAAGCCCAAGGCUAAAGCUGCAUGCAAGCAGCCGGCGGAGCCAAAGGCGAAGGCAAAAUCCCAGAAAAAGCCCCACGGCAAGUCGGUGUCCAAGGAGGACCUGCAGGUCAGACAGAAGGACAACGAUGCGAAGAAGCAGGAGCGAAUCGAUGCUGCACAGGCCGUGGCCAAUGAGACUUGCAAGAUCGUGAGGGCUUCAGGGAUCGAGGAUGUGCAGCCUCCCUUGGGCUUCACAGCUAAGUGGCAGGUGCUAUCAGGUGUGCCCACCGGCUUCCGUCUCCACUACUUCGUGGGAGGUGAAUGUGGACAAGAAAGGAGGUUCGACUAUGGCAUGGAAGAAGUACGGAGGUGGAGCCUUGCAAAGUUCUUGGCUGGGUGGACCGAGCUCGACAUCGACGAGGCGUGGUUGCGGGAAUCUGUUUCCACGCGCAUGAGGUGUGCCAUGUGCCAGUUUUUGCUGGAUGAGCAAGGGCACACACAGGAGGACGAGCGAGUGUCCUAUGGGAAGGGAGGGGUUUAUUGGUUUCUCGAACAGCCAUCCCUGUCUGCUAUGGAGUUCUUCCCUUACCUGCAGUAUGCUAUGCGCUUGAAGACAUUGAACUGUGAGUUCAUGGGUACGAAUAUGGUCAGGUGGAUGGGCCUUUACAACCAUUGGUGCUUCAAGCCCUCUAUUGGCUUUGGGUCUGCGUGUGAGGAGAUGCAAAUGAUCCUGGUAAAGCGAUCCAUUGACAAAGAUGGGAAGAAGAAAGUGACUGGCACGAAGCAUGGCUUGGAGAAGUCGGGUGCAUAUCCGAUUAACUUUGGUCUGCGGGUGGCUGAACUUCAUUUGGGCCUUGUCGCUGGUCGCCACGACUCCAACAUCAACGACAGCCUCUCCCUGUACUCGAUGCAUGACAAGCUUAUUGCUGGAGAGUUGAGGGUGACUUGGUUAUUGCAACCCAUACAUGUGCAGAAUUCAAGAACCAGCCUCAUGAUAAUCAAUGUUGAAACCCUAGGUUCCGGAAUUGGAGUAUGA